UCCAAGGCAUUGAUAUUAAUAUGAACUUUCCAAUAGCUGCUUUGAAAAACACUGGGAUUUAUUAAGAACACUUACAAAAACGAAUCUUGCUAAGCUAUCAUAGCCGUUAUAUAACAUAAAUAUAUUAACGUAUAAACAGUCGUUUCUUUUUUUUAAUAUAUGUCAUUCAGGACUGGUGUAUUUAUUUCUGUGAUUUUAAGAUACAGAUAUCCGAACAUGGUCUGAUCUCGAAAAUGUAUUUGCUUAGCUGGUUUUAAAGAAUACAGGACCGUGUAACGGAGAAUGAAUGCCAUCGGCUCUCAUAAUACUGCAUAACUAUACAGAAAACACACGCACACUGCUAAAGAAAGGCUCAUCUUUUUAAUAUUUAAUUUAUUUAUUAUUUAUUUGUCGUUUUCACUCCGAACAUAGUUAUCUCAAAACGCCAGCUGGGAGAAACCUGUGAUUAAACCCCAAAACCAGGAGAAGACGCCAAAAGGAAAUGACCGCCUGUGAGAGCCUACAGAAGAGAACGAUGACCAUGAAGCUCUUCCACUCGUGCUUCUUGCUGGUGCUGCUGCAGUUCGGGGUUCUGGAGGGGAGGAAGGGUUUGCGAGGAGGUCGGGCGAACCCGCAGUUCCGACGGGCUCAGCCCUCACCCCCGUACCGGGACAGAGGCGAGGCGACCGAGAGCUUUACCUUGGAUUUCACGGCGGUGGAAGAGAACAUGGACAAUUUCAUGACCCAAGUCAAGAACCUCGCGCAGUCCCUGUACCCCUGCUCGGCUCAGAAGUUAGACGAUGACAUGAAGCUGCAUUUCUUGGAGAACACGUCAGUCACAUGCAACGAUGGGACGCCAGCUGGGUAUUACAUGAAGGAAUCCAAAGGCAGUAAACGGUGGUUGAUGUUUCUGGAAGGUGGCUGGUACUGUUUUAAUAAGGAAAACUGCGACAGCAGGUAUGAGACCAUGAGGAGGCUCAUGAGUUCAGCCAAAUGGCCAAGGACCAAGACAGGAACUGGAAUUCUAUCCCCUCAACCGGAAGAGAACCCCCACUGGUGGAACGCUAACAUGGUGUUUAUUCCAUACUGCUCCAGUGAUGUUUGGAGUGGAGCUUCUACCAAGACAAACAAAAGUGACUAUGCCUUUAUGGGAGCUCUGAUCAUCAGGGAAGUAGUGAAGGAGCUGCUCACUAAAGGGCUUGACAAUGCCAAAGUCCUCCUACUAGCAGGUAGCAGUGCCGGUGGAACAGGGGUGCUCCUGAACGUGGAUCGUGUAGCAGAACAGCUAGAGGAACUGGGACAUCAUGGGAUCCAGGUGCGAGGGCUGUCUGAUUCUGGCUGGUUUCUGGACAACAAGCAGUACCGCUGUACAGACUGUAUCGACACCAUCAGCUGCGCACCCACCGAAGCCAUCAAGAGAGGCAUCAAGUACUGGAAUGGAAUAGUUCCAGAACGCUGUAGGCAACAGUUCCGAGAUGGAGAGGAGUGGAACUGCUUCUUCGGAUAUAAAGUCUACCCAACCUUAAAAAGUCCUGUGUUUGUGGUUCAGUGGCUGUUUGACGAAGCUCAGCUUACAGUGGACAACAUUCACCUGACUGGCCAGCCCGUGCAGGAGGGACAAUGGCGAUACAUUCAGAAUCUGGGCAACGAGCUGAGGAACACCCUCAAGGAUGUCCCCGCAAUGUUUGCUCCUGCCUGUCUAUCACAUGAAAUUAUUACAAGAAGUUACUGGAUGGACAUCCAGGUGAAGGGCACCUCCCUGCCCCGGGCGCUGCACUGCUGGGACCGCAGUCUCCACGAGAACAGCAAGAACAACAAGAGCCCGCCCAAGGGCUGUGCCAUCCACCUGAUUGACAACUGUCCCUGGCCGCACUGCAACCCCACCUGCCCCACCAUCCGCGACCAGUUCACCGGCCAGGAAAUGAACGUCUUUCAGUUCCUGAUGCACAUGGGCUUCGAUGUGCAGAAGAUGGCGCAGCAGCAAGGCAUGGAACCCGGCAAGCUCUUGGGCAUGCUCAGUAGCGGCAGCUAAGCUCACAGCCCACUUUAUAUACACCAGUGACUUGUUUCCCGCAAAAUUGGGGUCAGGAAACCCCCCCCCCUCAUGUUCUGCCCCUCUGCACCCUAGUCCCACAAAUCACCCUUUCCCAGCUAUGCAGGAAGCAGUUCACCUUGCCUGCUGCAGCACCUGCAGCUGUCCUUCAAGCAGAAAUUCAAGGCAAAGAAACGCCAAGAGCAACUUCUGGAAUGCAACACGACAAAAAUGCAUCCUCCUCUGCUUAUUUUUGUCAUUAAAUUAUCUUUUGGUUGUAAAAGAAAAUAUUACGAACGUAAUCCCGUUUUAAGGAUACUCCAUUUUUUUUUGUCUUCGUUGUUCUUGUUCGUCAUUUCUAGUAAAAGAAAGAGAUCCCUAGCCAUUGCUGAGAGACUAGGAUGUUCAAUUUUAAAAUUACAGACACAAAAAAAAAGAACAGAAUCAGGGUCCACAGCAAGAAGCGGACCAAGUUUUUUUUUUUUUUUUUUAUUCUUCGGACUUCGUUUUUCCUUUCAUGAUCCGACUCACGCAGACAAGCUUGGUUGGUAAAGCACUGGAGCAUCCAUCCUUUUUUAAUCCAGGGAAGAUGGGACUAGAGGGCCUGUGACUCCAUCAAUUGGGAAUUAGACAAACUGGAACUUUGAGGAGAGGUCGAUUCUGCUCAGAACCACUCCGGACCUGACGACCUUCAUGAAACACACACACAAACUUGCAACCAAACCUGUAGACAUCUAUGUCGCUGUGGACAUAACGGCAGAAAUGACACACCUUCCCGACUUUAAUGCAGAACGUUUCUUAUUGUACCAGCAAAUUUUUCCACUUUAGUCCUCUGUGCUGUUAGCCUAAUGAAAAGAAGUAAAUGUUUACGUCUUUA